AUGAGCGACGCCGUGUUGUUUCCGUGGCGCGCGGGGAGCUUCCGCGUGUCACCCACCGAGCGCGCGACGCCCGCCGGCGGGAAGGGGGACGGCGCCCCAGCGGAGCUUUUCUCGUCCCCGCGUGAGCCCCGCGCAGCACAGGGGGGCGCAGCGAGUGCGGGCGAGUUUUCUAGCGCGGACGGCGGCGGAAGCGUGAGUGGCGCGGGUUUAGCGUGGGGAGCGGGGGGCGGAGCUGAGGGAUUCGCUGCAGCGCAGGAGGCUAGGGCUUCAGGGCAUGAACAGUUUGACGAUUCCGGAAUGCCACAGUGGAGAGGGGUGGCGAAGGUAGAGGCGAAGGUAGAGGCGACGGUAGCAACAGCAGCUGCUAGAGGUUUUGGGGCCCUUCAAAGGCUUCAGGAGAUUCAGGAGAUGAAGGGGAUUCGAGAGGGGUUUGCGGGGUUUGGAGGUGGUGGUGGUUCUUUUGAAGGGCGUGCCGCAGUAGCAACUCAAGAACCGACGUCCCCUGCUGUUCAAUUCGUUGCUGCAGGGGUCGCAGCUGCUGCUGCCGCUGCUGCCGCUGACGCUGCUGCUGCUGCUGCUGCUGCUGAUGCCACUGCUAUUGCCAGCGCUGAUCCCGUACCUCUUUCUGCAGCAGGCUCGGACUCACUUGGUUCGGCAGAGGUCCGGUCACCCCCCGGCCUCGCCCAACAGCGGUUGUUCAGCCUUGGGGGCCCUUCCUUGUCCCCGCUGCUAGACUCGACUGCCUGGCCACACGCAGGUGCGGCGGAGAACCGACCCUGGAUCCGAGGCUCGGGGCCGCACGAGUGCAAGGUUUGCCACAUGCGGUUUCCGACCCUGCAUGCACUGGGCGGGCACCAAAACGGGCACAGGGAAUUACGGCUGCAGCGACAGAAGGAAAAGGCGGCAAAAGCAGCGGCCGCUGCUGCUGGUGCUGGUACUGCUGGUGGGAAGGGAGGUGGGGAGAGGAAGAGCAGGGCAAGGAAGCAGCGGAGCGACAGUGUUGCUGCUGUAGCACCAAGGCAGGGAGACGGUAAAGCCACAAUGACCGCUGACUCAACACAGAAGUCACCUGGGAAGCAGCAGGGCAGCAGAGGCGUUGCUGCUGCUGCUGCUGCUGCUGCUGCUCCUGUAUUGGCGAGGCAGGAUAAGUCUGCAUCCGUAUCACAGAAGGAAGCAGAGGGAGGGGGAAGGGGUGGAGGAGGAGGAUCAAGAAAACAGCAAGACACGGGAGGGCAGCAAGACGCAGCAGGCCAGCAAGAUCAAAUGAGAGAUCCACCUGAGAACCAAGACUCUCUGCUCAGGCAUGACACCACCCCGCGGAAGCAAGGCACGCGGCAAAAGAAAGGCACGCCGCAGGAGCAAGAGGUUUCUCGGAGGGAGCGAGAAACGUUCAAGAGCAGGGAGGGAAUGGAGGGAAGGGAGGAGGAGGGUGUGCGUACGGAUGCUGGUAGUGUUGGUGCUGGUGCUGGUGGUGCUGGUGCUGGUGGUGCUGGUGCUGGCGGUGGUGACAGUGGUGGUGGCAGUGUUAGCAAGGGAAGGACCGCCGCCAGUGUCACUGUUCAAUGCGAUGUUGGCACUGCAGGCCCUGCUGCCGUACCAUGGGCGGCACAGUCACACACGUUACCAUCACGCAUGUUACGAGGAGGCAGCAGCAUGGGCACAGCGUCCCUCCCUUUCACUGUCAUUCCACAGCCGGUUACCGUUACAAUGGGCGAGCAGCAGCAGGACGAGGAGGAGGAGGGGGAGGAGGAGGAGGAGGAGGAGGAGGAGGAGGAGGAGGAGGAGGAGGAGGAGGAGGAGGAGGAGGAGGAGUAG